CACGUAGGAUGUUUACGUUGGUUGACGCACGCACACCGCAAGCACACGCACAGGCCCAGCCUGACCCCGCCCCUCGCAGCGCGCAGGGGCGCUCCUCCAUGUGACGCUGGGCCUGAACACAAAAAUCCAGUAUGGCGGAAUCUGUCAGGAGAUGAAUUUUUCGUGCCCCCUCCUCCUCCGUCUCCUCCUCUCGCCAAGUGGAGAAAAACCCCCGGCGGUGUCUGUCGCAUGGGAGAGGACUAAACCCCGCGUGGGACGAACGUCGGGACGACUCGUCGCCUCCGGGCCCGUUGAGUGGAGCUUCCGGUUGGCACCAGUAUCUGACACUCUUGUAGCCAAACACAAAAGGAUAAUGGCAAGCUUCUACUCUUGAGACAUUCUGGACCCACGGCCCUAGAUCGCACACACUCCGCGUUGUCUUCUGUUUUGGCCUGCUGAUUAGGCGUGUGCGCACUGACCGCCUCUCAUCUUCAAUGAUGACGUCGCACAAUCAUCAAGAGGGGAUCCUGGGAAAGGAACAGCCGCUGGAGGUUCUCAAGACGUCGGCACUCAACCACAUCCCAACAGUGGAUAUCAAUUCAGCACUGCCGAUGCGCCUCCCGCCUGCCGCCAUCCCCAUGGACCUGCACAUGGACCAUCAGCAACAGGUGUCCCCUCUGUCCCCACCCCGCCAGCAGGCCAGCGGGGUUGUCGUCUCCGCUCCUGUACGCGAACAACAGCUGCAACAGGAGUUGCUUAGCCUGAAGCAGAAGCAGCAAAUCCAGAGACAGAUUCUAAUCGCUGAGUUCCAAAGGCAGCAUGAGCAGCUUUCACGUCAGCACGAGGCCCAGCUCCAGGAACACAUAAAGCAACAACAAGAGCUGCUGGCAAUCAAGCACCAACAGGAGCUUUUGGAGCAUCAGAGGAAAAUGGAAAACCAUCGUCUUGAGCAAGAGCUUGAGAAGCAGCAGCGUGAACAGAAGUUGCAGCUGCUGAAGAACAAGGAAAGAGGGCAAGAAAGUGCUGUGGCAAGUACAGAGGUAAAGAUGCGUCUCCAGGAGUUUGUCCUCAACAAAAAAAAGGCCCUGGCCCAGCGGAGCCUCAACCAGGGCGGCCCCCCCAACGAUGCUCCCUACUGGUAUAGAAAAACUCAGCACAGCUCUCUAGACCAGAGCUCACCUCCACAGACUGUUAUGUCCACCUAUAAUCACCCUGUGCUGGGCGUCUACAAUCCACGGGAUGACUUCCCGCUUCGAAAAACAGCCUCCGAACCCAACUUGAAGCUGCGCUCCAGACUGAAGCAGAAGGUCAGCGAGCGGAGGAGCAGCCCGCUUCUCCGUCGUCGAGACAGCCCCAUCACCUCUGCAAAAAAGCGCUCUCUCGACAUGGCAGAUUCUGCAUGUAGCAGUGCCCCGGGCUCGGGCCCAAGCUCCCCGAACAACAGUUCCAACAACAUCCCCAAUGAAAACGGCAUCACUGUGUCAGUCUCCAACAGCAAAGAGACACCCAUGAGCCAGAGGGUGUGCCGUGGUGCUGAGCGAGGCUCUAUAAGCCAGCUAUCCCUCUACACAUCACCAUCCUUACCAAACAUUACUUUGGGCUUGCCUGCCACUGCCACCGCCACUGCUGCCUCCAAUGUGACAUCUGCUCAGCAAGAUGGCAGUCUGCAGCCAGCGCUCUCCCUCAGUCCUCCUUUCCUCUCGGGUGCCCACUUGACACCCUACGUGGCUGAAGCAGCAGCAGGGACAGGCGGGCACAGUCCUCUGCUUCAGCACAUGGUACUCAUGGAGCAAACUCCUGCACAGAGCCCCCUGGUGACAGGUGUAAGUGGCUUGUCCAUGUCGCCGGCAGCCUCCAUGGCCAAGCUGCAGCGCCAGCAUCGACCUCUGGGCCGCACCCAGUCGGCGCCGCUGCCUCAAGGGAGUGCUGCCCAAGCGCAUGCCCAGGCGCUUGCUUUACAACAGCUUGUGGUCCAGCAGCAGCACCAACAGUUCCUGGAGAAGCACAAGCAGCAGUUCCAGCAGCAGCAGCAGCUUCAGUUCAAUAAAUUGAUAGCCAAGCCCAGCGAUUCGCCCGUGGGCCGGCAGCACCAGAGCCACCCGGAGGAAACGGAGGAGGAGCUGAGAGAGCACCAAGAUGUUGGCGCGCUACCAUUAGGGGUCACCAUCAAGCAGGAGCCUCCCGACCCACAGGAGCUCCAGGAGGAAGCGCUGCAGCAACACCGGGAGCGGGAGAGGCUAGCGGAGCAGGAGCUUCUCUUCAGACAGCAGGCACUGUUGUUGGAGCAGCAACGAAUUCACCAGCUAAGAAACUAUCAAGCUUCCAUGGAAGCUGCCGGGCUGUCCAUCACCUUCCCAGGACACCGGCCUCUAUCGCGAGCCCAGUCGUCUCCAGCUUCAGCCUCCCCCUUCUCCAUCAGUGUCCCACAAUCUGAUCCACCCAUUAAGCCUCGCUUCACCACAGGUCUGGUGUAUGAUUCUCUAAUGCAGAAGCACCAGUGCAUGUGUGGCAACACCAACAGUCACCCAGAGCACGCGGGCCGGAUCCAAAGCAUUUGGUCCCGUUUGCAGGAAACCGGACUCAAGGCGCAUUGCGAGUGCAUCCGUGGGAGAAAGGCCACAUUAGAGGAACUGCAGACGGUUCACUCUGAGGCCCAUGUCAUGCUGUAUGGAACCAAUCCUCUCAGACAGAAACUUGAUUGUUCAAUCACGCCCAUGUUUGUGCGGCUACCAUGUGGCGGCGUGGGCGUGGACAGUGACACUAUCUGGAAUGAAGUCCACUCCUCCAGCGCAGCUCGCCUCGCCGUCGGCUCUGUUAUCGAGCUUGUCUUCAAAGUGGCCACUGGGGAGCUGAAGAAUGGUUUCGCCGUGGUGCGACCUCCAGGACACCAUGCAGAAGAAAGCACUCCCAUGGGCUUCUGCUACUUCAACUCUGUGGCCAUUGCUGCCAAACUGCUGCAGCAGAGACUCAACAUCAACAGGAUCCUCAUCGUCGACUGGGAUGUUCACCACGGCAACGGCACCCAGCAGGCCUUCUACGAUGACCCCAAUGUUCUGUACCUUUCUAUUCAUCGCUACGAUGACGGCAAUUUCUUCCCCGGUAGUGGCGCACCCGAGGAGGUAGGAAGUGGCCCGGGAGUCGGCUUCAAUGUCAAUGUCGCCUUCACUGGAGGGCUUGAACCACCCAUUGGAGAUGUCGAGUACCUGGCUGCCUUCAGGUCCGUGGUGAUGCCCAUAGCCAAUGAGUUUGCACCGGACAUCGUGCUCGUGUCCUCUGGCUUCGACGCAGUGGAAGGACAUCCUCCUCCACUUGGAGGCUACACACUGUCAUCCAAAUGUUUCGGCUUUCUGACCCGCCAACUGAUGAGCCUUGCCGGAGGCAGGUUGGUCCUGGCUCUGGAAGGGGGUCAUGAUCUAACGGCCAUCUGUGACGCCUCAGAGGCCUGCGUCGCUGCACUGCUGGGACAGGAGCUGGACCCACUAUCCAAGGCUGUCCUCGAGGACAGGCCCAACCCCAAUGCUGUGCGUUCUCUGGAGAAGGUUCUCGAAACUCACUGCAAAUACUGGCGCUCGGUGUGUCGCCAUUCGCCACAGCUGGGCCUCUCACUAUUGGAGGCCAAACGCGGUGACUCAGAGGAGGCCGAGGCUGUCAGUGCCAUGGCCUCUCUGUCGGUGGCAAACACAAGUGCUCUGGAUCACAGACCGGAGGAGGAACCCAUGGAAGAGGAGGAACCACUGUAACGAGGGGGCAUACGUAGCUGAGUCACACUGUUAGCAUUGACCUCUCCGGAGGACACCUCUUUGAGAAGCAAGGAGUCUCGACUGAUCCCUUCAUUUAGUGCCCCCGACACCAAGCAUCACCUUGAUUAGCGGAGGGACAGGGGGUGGGCUCAGCUUCAGAGUAGGGAGCCAGUCAGGAGACAGAUGACUGCAAUCGAAAAAAAAUAACAAAAAACAUGAACGAGUUGCUUCAUGGUGCUCAUUUGGAGAUGUUUUUUUGUCAGUCUUCGCACCCCCUACGAUGGCCUACAGGUGCAAGAGACCAAGGCAGCUUUUGCUGACGUGUUUUGAAUGGAGGGGGGGGGGGGCGCAAGUUCAGGUCUCACCACGGAAAUGUGAGAUUCUUUGUGGAAACCAAACGGCUUGCCUCUGAUGCCAACACUGUAUGAACACCAGGGACAGAUGAUGUCCCGUCUGCAAGUCACAGCUCGGGAUUUUCUUUUAUCUCGACUAACUCUCUGACGGGAAAAGAAUUUAUUAAAUGCGUUCACUGUGGACUUUCGGUCUUACAAACAUUCGUUUUCAUCAGAGGUUCUAAGAGGAGUGCCUUGGCGAGGGUCCGCUGGAUUUCACGAUUGUUCAGGAAAAGUUUGCCUUAAGAUUUCCUUCUUGGGGAUCAGCGCCAGGGAGGGACGAGAAUUAAGACAAUACAGCGAACAAUAUUUCAGCAUGUUUACUUGGAACGUGGCCAUGCGCUCUUAAAGAUGUUAGUUUACUUUUCGGAUGGAUCUAUUUUUCUGUGAAAAAGGACAUGCUCUAUAAAGGUAGUUGCCAGCUUCAGCAGAAAGGCACAUCAUUUGAUGAACUGAUUGGACUCUUAUGUAGCUUCCCAUCAAAGAUUCCCAUAGAAGACGGCUUUGUGGAACAAGCAUAAGAGGAGAGGUCGCACAUUUCCGCCCUGUUUGGAAUGGUAAGCAACGGAAGCCAAAGCAUGACUCUGGAUCUAACAAACAUUUUACAUUUCGUUAGGAAACGGCUUUGUAGGUCGCUGAAUUUGAUCAUCGCUCUGCUGAGCGAUCCUGCGCUCUGCUGGCAACUACCUAGUUACCCGUGUGACUCCAGUCGUGUAUAUAAAGUUGAGUAUAUUUUGUUGUGUGCGACAGCCCUUUCAUAUCGACGUUUGAUUUUUUUCCCCAAAAACAUCAAUUUCCACGACUUUAUUAUUAUUCUUUUUUGUGUGUGUUUGAUUUCUAACUUUUUUUCACUGAUUUCUUUUUUUUUUGUAUCCGUUAUCUGGGUAGUUAUAGGGCUACCAGUCACAAAAAUAGUGUCACCGAAUUUGUUCUUUUUGUAUUUAUCAAAAGUAAGAGCAACUUUCUUUGUACGGCUCUUCAGGCCACUGUGUUUUUCAUCGAUUGUGUAUUUAUAUAACGUACUGUUUAUGGAAGAUUUGUAUAUGGAAAAUUUCUAAAUGUACUCUAAUGACAGCUAUGAUAUUGUGAACGGAACCAGUAUGGUGUUUCUCCAUGGACGUAGAAAAAAGAAAGAAAACAAGAAGCAGCGUAUUUUGCUACUCAUCGACUGCACUGUUUCGAUGUAAAGUCAUCACACGGCACUGCUUUGGACUUCUCAUAGAGUCACUUUGUUGCCUAUGUGGUGGUCUUUUUCUCGUGCACGUAUAUAACAUGCACUUACCUUACCUUGGUGACAUGCCUGUGAUCUCGCCGCAAGCAGGUCCAGAGGCCAUUUUAUGUAGCGAGCUGUUUUCUGUGUUUUUUUUUUGGGGGGGGGGGUGAAAUGGCAGGCAUGCGAAUGCUGAAAGGAGCCGGCCUUCCCGUUGUUUGUGUCUGUUAUUUUUGGAUGGGCAUCAAAGUGCGAUAAUCAAUACAUUGCAAGACCAUUUUUGUCAUGACCUGUGUCCCAAAAGGAACAUUUCUUUUUUGAUUUUGACAGUGGUGCAACCUACACUACACAGUGAGCAGUUUAAUUAUGCAUACCUGGUGCCAAUAAGUCAUCAGUGCGUUGUUCCAUUUUGCCCCACCCUUAUCUUCAUAUGUCUACAUGACCAUCACACCUAUUUAAAUUUGUACGUCAGUCCUCAUACUUGUAAAAUGUGAGUUUUUACUAACAAAACAUUCCAUUUGAUUAAUUCUUUUUGUGGGGGGGGGGGGGGGGAAUCUGAAUCACUACUAUUUUUUAAAAGUACAUUUUUAAGUCUUUUGGUGGGAGGGACCCCAGCUCGCAACAACUUUAACUCUUUGCAUGGUUUGUUAGUCAGCAUGCCUGCUUGUCUAUGUAACAAAUGUUUUUGCACAAUAGAGGUAGAACAAAACAAAAAACAAAAAAAGCUUCCUAAGUUUUCUGCCUCGCUGGUGUGCAAAUAUUUGAAAAGACUUGGUUCCAAUGACUCCACUAUGGUUCUUCUUGUUUAAGACUAGUGAUUUCUGCACUUAAAAUGGACAUAGAUGGACUGUGUUUGCUCUGCCAAACCUCUGCUACAUUCAUGAAAGACUCUCCCAAAGAAUGUUCCUCUUUCAAAGAUGUUUAAACGGGCACUGUCGAUGCUGGAGUAAUGCUGCGCUUUUAAUUGGGGAAACGGUUUGGAGGAGGACAUUUGAUUGUCACACCCACCUCGGCCAGUCCUCCAAAUAAAUAACCACUGUGGCUCAAGAGCAAUUCUUGGUUUACAUGUAAAUGAAAGAAGUUAUUUUUUGUUCGCUGUCUAUGUCUCUAAGCGACAUAGGGGACCUGCGCUUUGGACGUUUCAUCUCUGACAUCUAUAAAAUAUAUUUCUGAAAAA